UGCUUUCUUCCGAUAUUCUUCAUGAAGUUUUUAAAUAUUUCAGUGACCCGACGACACUUUAUUCUUUGGCUCGUGUUAACCAUUUGUGGAGUUAUAUAGCGAUUCCUCUAUUAUGGCGACAACCAUUUGAAAUAGUUACUCAAGAACAAUAUCAUAAGAUAAUUCAAACUUAUGCCAUCUGCCUUCCAGACAGUGCUAAAGCUCGCUUGGUAUACGCAGGAAUAAAGCUAGUUAAUCAUCCUCAACCGGCUUUCAACUAUCCGGAAUUUCUACAGAACUUUGACUCCGAUAAAUUCCGUCAAGCUCUCAACUUGUGGACGGAGAUAACAAUAAUGAACGGGCUUUAUGAAGACCCACUUAAUGUUUUCUGCAGGCCUUUGAAGAGAGUUCUUGGACCCCUAGUCAAAGAUUGCUAUAUAACUUACCCGAAAAAUAUAUUUCACCGAGUACUAAAUAAAUGUCUGGAGCCGGCAGUAAAAGAUUACUAUUCUCAACAUCCUAGAUGCAGCGUGACAAAAGAAAUCACCCAUCUGAUAUUUAGUCGGUGUAAUAGAUUAAAAAGUCUCAGGGUUUACAUUGGCGACGAGCAUACCUUAUCAUUAAUGGACAUGGACUUUGCUUUACUUACCGAGCGACACAAUGCCCUAUUAAAUCUUCAAAGAUUUGAGUUGACUAUAAGAGCUCCUCCUUUGCACGGAGAACAGAACUUUCAAGAAAAUAAUGACAUCUUAACAAAUCUAUUUACGAUGAUGUCGACAUACGCAACAAGUAUCCAGGAAAUGAAGAUUCAGUCUUACACAACCGGCUUACCAACCCUAGUUCACGAUAGUCUGUAUCGGAUGAUUGAAUCACAAAGGAUGUUACAGUCUUUCAUGUCCAAUUAUUUUUGGAACGCAACCGAUAAUUCUUUGUUUAAGGCUUUGCUGAACCAAUCGCAUUCACUGAACAGAUUUCGUCUUUGGGGUCUAACGCACUUUGACGAUUCUUUGGUAAUAGGGUUACUGGAAUGGAAUGCUUUGGAGACGUUUGAACUAAUGGGUUGCCCGGUAUCCUCUUUGCCUGAACAUUUCCAAAAUGGUCAGCUGAGAAUCAGAAACUUACAUAUCGGUAACGGUUACGGUUCAUAUCCAUUCAUAACGAACGGCCUGCUCAAGAUGAUUAAUUUAAAUCUACAAAAAUUAGUGGUAGAAGGUGCAACUCCAGAGAUAAUAGAUGCGAUCACCGAGAAUUGUCCCCAGAUUACUCAUCUCUCUAUUUGUGCUUACGAAGAUAUAUUUCAAUCUUUACCAAGGUUACUUUC